AUGCGGUAAUAGUUGUCAGUUCAAUCGUCUUUCAUCACGACGUUUUACUAUCAUGGCGGCCGCCGUAGGCAGGAUUUGUGGGGCACGACUUUUGAAAAAUUAUGGCAUAGUUACACCCCAGGUGUAUCAGCUGUCCACUAGUACUCAAGGAUGGACUAAAAGUAGAAAAUUGUGGUUAUCCACAUUAGGUGUAGUUGGUGGAGGCGUAGGAGCAUUACUUUUUGCUCUAGAGCAAUCUGUUCAGGCGUCAGGUUCUGAGGCUCACCCUUACCACCAGCCAUGGGCCCAUGAUGGAUGGUUUAAGUCUCUUGACCAUGCCAGUGUACGCCGAGGAUAUGAAGUGUACAAGCAGGUGUGCAAAGCAUGCCACUCCCUACAGUACAUUUCAUACCGUAAUUUGGUCAAUGUGACCCACACAGAAGCAGAGGCAAAAGCAGAGGCCGCUGAGGUAAUGAUUAAGGACGGACCGGAUGAUGAAGGAAACUACUUUGAGAGGCCGGGCAAACUAUCUGACUAUUUCCCAUCGCCAUAUCCCAAUGAAAACGCCGCUCGGGCUGCCAACAACGGUGCUUACCCACCGGACCUAUCAUUGAUAGCGUCAGCCCGGCAUGGUGGUGAGGACUACAUAUUCGCUUUACUAACUGGUUACAUGGACCCACCGGCUGGAAUUCCCCUCCGAGAGGGUCAGAACUACAACCCCUACUUCCCAGGUGGAGCUAUUUCUAUGGCCCAAGUUUUGUUUGAUGAGGCCGCGGAAUACACAGAUGGAACCCCAGCCACUGCCUCCCAGCUGGCCAAGGACAUUUCCACCUUCCUUAGGUGGUGUGCCGAGCCAGAGUUAGAUGACCGUCGCCUGAUGACAAUCAAGGCCAUCGGCAUGUUCUCCAUGCUCACAGCUGUAGUCUACUACUACAAGAGACACAAGUGGUCCGUACUCAAGUCACGCAAACUAGCCUAUAAACCAGUAUCUAAGAAAUAAAAUGUAGUGCUUUAUGUAUCUAUCCUUUUAGACAAUUUUUUUCAAUAGUACCGUUACAUUAUGUUUAUAUUAUUAAAUAAUUUAUUUUAUAAUCUGGCGUUUAUUUCUUUGGUUACCGAACUGUUGGUGCGUGAUAUUUAAUUUAUUGUUGAAUGAAGCACAGGCAUAAUAUUGUAGUGGUAUUGUAACUGUGCUAAGUGAUAUUCCAGUAUCAGCUGUAAAUCAGUGUACAGUCAAUAAAUGAGUUAUUGAAAA